UACACGUGCAAUAUCCCUGUGACAAAUUAGCAAUUACUUGUUCCGUUCGCGUCAUGUCGGGGCCAACUCAGACUAUUCGAUUGCGACGCCCACAGACAGAUAAUGCAGCACCAAAACCGAAGAAACAGGACAGACAUUCUGGUAUUCUCCAGGAUCAGCUGAGAAGGUCUAACCGUCCACCAUGGAGUCCAAGCUUCAGCCUUGCAUUUCGCAUAAUCCUCCUCAUCCGGGUCAUGGGUGCAAUGUACUCGAAUAUUGGUGAUUGUGAUGAGGUAUUUAAUUUCUGGGAACCUCUUCACUAUUUCGACAAAGGACACGGCUUCCAGACUUGGGAAAUCUCGCCGACAUAUGCGAUCCGUAGCUGGGCUUAUAUCUUGCUGCACCUUCUUCCCACCCGUGUUGCUUCGUUCAUCGCAGAGAACGACAAGCGGCCGUCAUUUUUCGCAGUCCGGAUUUUUCUUGCUGUCACAUGCACUUUCUCUGAAGUCAUCCUAUACCGCCAAGUCUACGAAAAUGUUAAUCAGAGAGUCGGUCGAUACUUUUUCUUCAUGCUAGCGUUUAGCGCCGGGAUGUGGAAUGCAUCAACAGCUUUUCUCCCCUCCUCGUUUGCCAUGUAUACGUCGAGUGUGGCUUUUGCCUACUCAAUUGCCCCUUCAUCUGUAAAAGGACAUCGGAAGACUGUAGUAUCGACGAUCAUGUUUGCUACUGGCGCCAUUGUCGGAUGGCCGUUCGCUCUUGCUCUCGCAAUUCCCUUCGUGUUUGAAGAGUUAUUCGUGUUCGGUGCUGAUACAGUUCCUUCUGCCUCCUAUGGAUCUUGGAUAUCAACAAGAUGGAAACGCCUAUUCGGGGCCGGUGCAUUGGCCUCUCUUAUAUUCAUUCCCGUGGUAGCUAUCGAUAGUUUCGCCUACGGAAAAUUCUCUGUUGUACCCUGGAACAUUGUUCGGUAUAACAUCUUUUCGGAUCGUGGACCAAACCUGUAUGGCACCGAGCCAUGGAAUUUCUACAUCCUCAACCUCCUGCUCAACUUCAAUGUUCUCACUCCAUUUGCCUUACUCUCCUUGCCUGCCCUCGCCAUCACAUAUGCGGUGGAUCGCAAGCGUCUAGGAUUCACAAAGUCCAACAAAGAAGAAAGCUCUCCUUUUACUCUUCUAAGUCUACGACUCGUACCCUUCUACCUAUGGUUGUCAAUAUUGAGCAAACAAGAACACAAGGAGGAACGGUUCAUGUUCCCAGCGUAUCCGAUGUUAUGCUUUAAUGCUGCAAUUACCGUAUAUUUAAUUAGGGGCUGGCUAGAAACGGCUUUUAUCAAACUAACGAAGUCGCCGUAUCGAGCCGCUCACUCCUCGAUAUUCCGGUCGUUCACAUCAUCAGUUGUUGUCUGCUCUAUACUGCUCUCUGCUUCCCGUAUCUUGGCCCUUUGGAACUACUAUCACGCGCCCAUGACACUGAUGUACGCCUUGGAGUCCCAAGAAAUACCGACACUUCUCAACGACACAGGACUGCUCCCUACGCCACUUCCGUCCUUAGGGGACCCCGAGAAUAAUGAAGUUCAACAGCUGAGAAUCGACCUCAGCCCUGUCAAGGAGCUCGAUCUCAUGCUUUGCAUCGGAAAAGAAUGGUAUCGCUUCCCGGGACAUUAUCUUGUCCCGACGGGCGUGAAUGUCGAAUUCAUCAAGAGCGAGUUUGAUGGUCUCCUCCCAGGGCAUUUCAGGGAGAGUACUAACGGUACUAUUGGAUUGUGGCCGAGGCCUGAAACCAGGUACAUCCCUAAAAACAUGAAUGAUUUAAACCGAGAGGAACCAUCGCACUACGUUCCUGUGUCGCGCUGUGAUUAUUUGAUGGACCUUGACUUUUCUUCUCAUCCUUCGUCCUCCCCCUUGGAACCUAGAUACGGUACCCUUACUGAUAUCUGGGAGAAAACUUAUUGCAGGCCUUUCCUUGAUGCCCGUCACUCACCACUGUUAAGCCGAGCGCUAUGGAUGCCGGGCGAGAAGUGGAGAGAGCUUAAUAGCUGGGGUGAAUUUUGCUUGCUAAAACACACGGCCCUUGUCGAAGGAAAGGUGCAGGAUGUUCGGGAGCGAAGAAAGAACAGGAAAUAAAGGUUCACAUAAUACACAAUAUAUUUCCGCACGCACGUUUGCUCAAAGACGGCAUUAAAUGUAAUACGGGAAAUCCAGUUACGAUUUAGACUUUACUAUUAAACGCGAC